AAGAUAAGAAACAAUCCUUACCCUUUGCUGGUAAACAAUAAGCAGCAAACACCACUUAUACAUCACUGUCCCUUACAUUAUAAGCAAAUAGACGUGUCUCUUCUUCUCUUUUCCCCUGUUAACACACACACACACACACACACACACAACUCCACUCUCUCCAGAAAUAUCUCACGACAAUAAUCAGCAAAAGACACACGAAACCCAGAAAUUAAAAAUCGAAUUCAGCUAAAAAAUUCAGAGAGAGAUCGAUCAGAUCAAGCGAGGCAUGUGCUGCGACGGAGAUUGCAGGCCUUUGGGCUUCCUGUUGGGUCUCCCCUUCGCGUUGCUUUCCCUCAUCAUCUCCAUCGUCGGCAUCGCCGUCUGGAUAGUCGGGUUGUUGUUGAGCUGCAUAUGCCCGUGUUGUCUGUGCGUGACGGUGUUGGUGGAGCUAGCGUUGGAGCUCAUCAAAGCCCCUAUUCAUGUCAUGUCAUGGUUUACUUCUCAGAUCCCCUGUUGAGAAUAAUUGCUCUCUCUCUCUCUCUCUCUGUUCUUCUUGAUUUCUUGUAAUAUUUUUUGUGAUUUUUUCUUUAGCUGAUAAUUGACAUUUCAUUUCCUGCUUGGUUUGAUCUACUGCUGAAGAAUUGCUUGUUAAGUUCUAAUUAUUGGCAUAAAAUAAUUAAGUAUGUGUAUAGAGGUAGAUCUUCGGUUUGGUUUGUUGCUUUCACCCAUUCUGUUCUUAGUUCAGUGAUUGAUUUAUUUUUAUGGAUAA